CUGGACCAGGCCAGGUAUGUAUCGCUUGUGUCCGAGCCGGCUGCGGGAGCCAUCGCCACAUUCCUGGGCGUCACUCGAGACAACUUCCAGGGCAAGGCCACCCAGCGGCUGGAGUACGAGGCAUACGUGCCCAUGGCCGCCAGGAAGCUGCUGGAGCUGUGCCAGCAGGCGUGCGGCAAGUGGCAGCUGUGCAGGAUGGCUGUAGCACACCGCACAGGCACGGUGCUGGUGGGGGAGGCCAGCGUCAUCAUCGCAGUCUCCUCGGCACACAGGCGGGAGGCACUGGAGGCCUGCCAUUGGGCUAUUGACGAGCUCAAGGCCACCAUUCCCAUCUGGAAGAAAGAGGUGUUUGAGGAUGGCGAAGUGUGGAAAGAGAACGAGGAGUGGCGCCAGCAGCAG